GUUUUUAAAACCCUGCGAACCUCUCCCGUGGAAGUCCAUUCUCUGCUCUCUUUUUUCUCUGUUUUGGAUUAAAUCGCUCUCUUCUUUCAUUUGAAUUCUAAAUCUGUUCAGUGUUGAGAGAAGAGGGAUUCCGAUCGAUGGAGAAUUCAAAAGUUCAGGAGAUAUUGGAGAAGCAAUUGUUGACGGUCGCCAAGGCUGUGGAAGACAAGAUCGACGAUGAGAUCGCUGCUUUAGAUCGUGUAGACAAUGACGAUCUCGAAGCAUUAAGAGAGCGGAGGCUUCAGCAGAUGAAGAAGAUGGCUGAGAAAAGGAGCCGUUGGGUCUCCCUUGGCCAUGGCGAAUACUCUGAGAUCCCCUCCGAGAAGGAUUUCUUCAACGCUGUCAAGGCCAGCGAACGCGUCGUUUGCCACUUCUACCGCGAGAAUUGGCCCUGCAAGGUGAUGGAUAAGCACUUGAACAUUCUGGCAAAGCAGCAUAUAGAAACACGUUUUGUGAAAAUUCAAGCUGAGAAAAGCCCCUUUUUGGCCGAAAGGCUUAAGAUUGUUGUCCUUCCUACCCUUGCCCUCAUAAAGAAUACCAAAGUAGAUGAUUAUGUGGUUGGUUUUGAUGAGCUUGGUGGGACUGAUGAAUUCAGCACAGAAGAGCUGGAAGAGAGGCUGGCCAAGUCUCAAGUCAUCAUUCAGGAUGAAUCGUCGAUAUAUUCAUCCAAGUCAAGCGGACCAGUCCGGAGGAGUGUCCGUCAAAGUGAAAACUGUGACUCAGAUUCAGAAUAGCUUGUGGUCGUUUAUCAGAAACCUGCUGUGGAUGUAGAUUGUGAUUCCAUCUCCUUCAGCUUCAUUUGCUUGAUGUUUAUUUUUUUUCUACUGACUGCAUUAUCUACAAUAUCGUGAUGGUUGGAUCAGAUAUUUCCCCUGCAAUCAAGGUCUAUGAUAUAUAUAUUGACUGUUAAUUGUUAAUCUUUUUCAAUGUAGAGGGAGGAGAACAAGAAUGAGGAUUGUGUCAAUUUCUAAUGAGUUUAUGAUAAAGGUAUAUUAUUCUCUUCUA